UUGGACGAAGCUGAUCGCAUGCUCAACAUGGAAUUUGCAGAGGAUAUUGACCGUCUGCUUAAUCUAUACGCCAGCCCGCGUGAUUGCCGCGACAAUAUUAGGCUGACUAAGAGGCAACUAAAGCGAAUGAAGAAACGAAAAAAGCUACUCGAAAGAAAGGCUGACGAGGCCCCAGCACUCAAGACUCAAUCUUCUCUCUUGUUCGCGUAA